GAAGGAGUCAUUUUCAAAGUGUAGUUUGCUUUGACAUUGUUGCGCAGCUGCUUUUAAAACCUGCUACUUUACAGAUAUGGCAACUUCCAGCUGUCUGCUGUCAGAGGACAAGUUCCUUUGUUCUGUCUGUCUGGAUGUGUUCACUGAGCCAGUCUCAACGCCAUGUGGACACAACUUCUGCAGUGCAUGUAUCUAUAAGUAUUGGGACAGCAGGGACAUUUGCCAGUGUCCAUUAUGCAAAACAACAUUUUCUCCAAGACCUCAACUCCAAUUCAACACUUUUUUGUCUGAGUUACUCGCUGAGUUUAAGUCGUCAGCUCAAGUUAAAGCCUCAACUCCAGACCCACAACUUCCUGGAACAGCAGACGUUCUUUGUGAUAUCUGCUCUGAUUUAAAGGAAAAUGCCGUCAAAUCUUGCCUGACUUGUCUUGCGUCUUUCUGUGAAGUUCACCUUGAGCCUCAUCACAGAGUUUCUACUUUUAAGAGCCACACAUUAUUAGAUCCUGUGAAGAAUCUUGAUGACAAAAUGUGCAAGACACACAACAAGAUAACAGAACUGUAUUGCAGGACUGACCAGGCCUGUAUUUGUGUCUUGUGCAUCAAAACUGAUCACAGGAGUCACAUUGUUGUCCCACUUGAGGAAGAAUAUGAAGCAGUGAUGGCAAAGAAAGAUGAGACCAUGGCAAAUAUCCAAAAGAUGAUAGAGUCACGGUGUGAGAAGAUAGCUGAGAUUGAAGAGUCACUUGAAGUCAGUCAGAGAGAAGCUGAGAAAGAGAAAGAAGCCAGUGUGCAGGUCUUCACUGACCUGAUCCGCUCCAUCCAGAGAAGCCAGGCCGAGCUGGUUGAGCUGAUUGAGGAGAGGUACAGAGCAACAAAGCAAAAGGCCGAAGGUUUCCUCACAGAACUGAGGAUGGAAGUCGCUGAGCUCCAGAGCAGAAGCAGCCAGCUGGAGCAGCUGUCACAGUCUGAGGAUCACCAUCAUUUUCUCCAGAGCUUCUCAACCCUGUGCUCUCCUUCAAACAAGGACUGGACCAACGUCAGUGUUCUCAGCCAUCUGUCUUUGGAGGCAGUGAGAGGGGCUGUGAGUCUGCUGAAACAAAGACUUGAUGAAAUAAUGGAGGAGGAUCCUGAGAUCAAAAUGAACAGAAUGAGAGAACAUGCAGUGGACUUGACCUUUGACCCUGACACAGCAUAUUGCUCACUUGUUAUCAGCCAGGAUGGAAAACAAGUGACAUAUGUAGGCAUAUAACAGAAACUUCCCUACAGUCCAAAGAGGUUUGAAGUGUGUGCAGAGGUUUUGGCAAAGGAGGGGUUCACAUCAGGGAAGUUUUACUAUGAAGUGCAAGUGACAGGAAAGACUAACUGGUAUCUCGGAGUGGUCAGAGAGUCUGUUGAGAGAAAUAAAAACAUGGCUCUGUCAUUUGAAAAUGGUUUCUGGACCUUUGGGCUUGAUGAGGGUUCAUAUAGAGCUUAUACAACACAAUGCGUUCACAUCACAGUGAAAGGAAAUCUUGAGAAGGUGGGCAUCUUUGUGGACUAUGAUAAGGGAAAGGUUUCUUUCUAUGAUGUGAAUUCUAAAUCUCAUAUCUAUUCUUUCACUGGCUGCCACUUCACAGAGACACUGUAUCCAUACUUCUACCCUGGACUCUAUAUGGAUGGAACAAAGUCCGCCCCUCUCAUCAUAACCCCUGUACCUACAACACACUGAGUUUGGCCCUUCCUUAAAAGGUCCAGUGUGUAAAAGCCCAGAUUCACCAAACCUGAAAGAUGAAGGCCGUUGCUGUGUCGUGACCAAAAAAUGUACGCAUCAUGAAAUGUUUCUAUUAAAGAGCUCAAUGGAUAAGAGAAAAAUAAUCUUACUGAAUGUAACAAGUAGAUUUUGAUCUUGACAAACGCUCUUCAACAGCCCAACUUUGACUGACAGUCAACUAUCAGCUUGGUGCAUCAGAGCCUUAAGAUUUAGGGGGUUUUAGUGGCAUCUAGUGGUGAGGACUGCAGAUUGCAACCAAUUGAAACUUCUUCCAAUUACAAAUUUUCAGAGUCUAUCGCUAGGAGGUAUUUACUUGGAGCUGACUUAUCUGCAGAGGUCUCUUCCUCUUCAAUAACAAACAAAGUCGGUGAUUUAAACCGGUUAAAAAACAUGGUGGUCUCCGUAGACGAGGACCCGCUCCAUAUAUAGAUAUAAACGGCUCAUGCUAAGGUAACAAAAUGACAAUGACUCUUAUUUUCGGGUGAUUAUACACUAAAGAAAACUGUUAUUACAUUAAUUUCUGCCAAUACAUCCCCUUUAAUCCUACACACUGGACCUUUAAUGUCAAUACACUUUACAGAUGUGCAAAUGUUAUAUUGGUAAUCUCAAACUAGCCUCUCUAAUAUUUACAUGUUUUCUCUUUAUGCAUGGAUAUAUAAAAGAAGCAUGACGCUGCAUGACAAGUGACUUCCUGUUUCCCUCUCUACACUGUACAUUUCUGUAAAUAUGAUGAUGUGAACUCAUGAUACUUAUGUUGCACAGUUAUAUUGUCAGAUCCUGUUGUAUCACAAUAGAGGAUACAAUGUUUCUCUGUUGAGACGUUCUGUUCUCUUACAAUCUGCUGCUCCUGCAAAAUCAGACAUGUUUUGCCUUUCAAAGACCAGUGUCUAAAUAUUCUUCAUUUUGUUGGUUUCCUGUGAUUCACUGUGAAUUUUGUGCUUCUGUGACAACUAGGGCUGAAUAAACUGCACGUCUAAACUUGA